UUCCAAGUGCAGCAACCAGUCAGCUACCCCAAGUCCCCAACCCCAUCCCAUCUGUUCUUCGUGCCACACAUCCAACUACCAGUAGUCCACGCAUCUUCUGCUCCCCUCCUCUCAGGCUCUCACUGACCAGUGACCACUCCCACACUCACACUACCUAAUCCAGUAAUCCUCUCCUCAUCGCACCACGCGCGCGCCGCGCACACUGGCUGCACACAUGGACGCGAGCCAGGGCGUCCUCCUGUCCAGCGCCCUGGUCGGCGCGGCAAAGGGCUCGGCGUCGUGGCCGGAGCUGCUCGGUUCCAAGCACUGGGACGGCCUCCUCGACCCGCUGGACCUCACGCUCCGGCGCCUCAUCCUGCUCUGUGGCGACCUCUGCCAGGUGACCUACGACUCCUUCAACUCCGACUCCCACUCCAAGUACUGCGGCAGCUGCCGCUACUCCCGGUCCACGCUCUUCGCCCGCACGCUGUUCCCGGCCGCCGCCGACGUGACCCCCGCGGCCUACCUCUACGGGACCUCCCAGGCGUCGUUCCCGGGCGGCGUCAUGGUGUUCUCGCUCUCCCGCGAGGCCUGGAGCAAGGAGUCCAACUGGAUCGGCUACGUCUCCGUGUCCACCGACGCCGCCGCCGCCGCCACGGGCCAGCGCGUCAUCUACGUCGCGUUGCGCGGCACCAUCCGGACCCUCGAGUGGGUGGACGUCCUCAAACCCGACCUCGUCUUCCCCGAUGCCAUCCUGCCGGAGGGCCACCCGGGCGCCCACGCGCGCGUCAUGAAGGGGUGGUACCUCAUCUACACCUCCAGCGACGAGCGGUCACCCUUCAACAAGCACAGCGCGCGGGACCAGCUGGUCGCCGCGGUGCGCGGGCUGGCGGCCAGGUACAAGGGCGAGAGCCUCAGCGUCGUGUGCACGGGCCACAGCCUCGGCGCGUCGCUCGCCACGCUCGCCGCGUUCGACAUCGCGGCGAACGGCGUGUGCGGCGCCGACGUCCCCGUCACGGCCAUCGUGUUCGGGAGCCCCCAGAUCGGGAACCCGGAGUUCAAGGAGCGGUUCGACGAGCUGCCCAACCUCCGCGCGCUGCACGUCAGGAACAAGCCCGACCUGAUCCCGCUGUACCCGAGCGGCCUGCUGGGCUACGCCAACGUCGGCGACGUCCUGCCCGUGGACUCGAAGAAGUCGCCGUACCUGAAGGAGAACACUACCAACGUCGGGGAUUACCACAACCUGCAGGCCAUCCUGCACACGGUGGCGGGGUGGAACGGGAAGGACGGCGAGUUCAAGCUGCAGGUGCACCGCAGCGUGGCGCUGGUCAACAAGUCGUGCGCGUUCCUCAAGGACGACAACCUCGUGCCGGAGUCGUGGUGGGUGGAGCGGAACAAGGGGAUGGUCAUCGGGGAGACCGGGCUGUGGCAGCUCGAGCCGCCUGCCGAGGAGAACCUGCCAGUCCCGCCUGUCUUGAACGGGAAGGUCAUCGAUGACGACGACGUCGUUGCCGCUACUACCACGGCUAGUAAAGAGACCAAGAUGCCGGUGGAGGGUGAUAAGAAGAAGGCACCCGGAGCUAAUCUUUUCACAGCAUGCUUUAGAGGAGGUUAAUAAUUGGUUUGUUCAUAAUUGAUAUGGUUGAAUGUUUGAACGAUGUUUUGCUAUUACUGUAUGUAUUGUCUUGUGAAAUGUGUUUUCGAAGUGCACGGAUGAAUGAUGCUGCUUGUGUAAUGUGAAUAUGUGAUAGUGCUUAAGCCUCUGAGAACUGAGAUAUAUAUAAUGCUAGUGCUCUGUAUUCUGUA